GUGAGAAUUGAUAGGUAACUUAAAAAGGUAGAAAAAAUAAAAAUAGUGCUGAAAGGGAAUUGAGGUUUUUCACUAUGAAUGAAUGGCUUUGAUGGAGAGGGAGUUUCCUUGGCGGCUUAAUUGGUCUGAGCGUUGGCGAUGAGGUUGAAAUCUUGCGCCCCAGCUGCAUCUGAACCCAAAAGCUAGAAACUUUAUGUGUUUUUUUUUUUUUUUUGUGUGUGCUAUGGAUAGACAAGAAAAUUUGUUACCAUCCUCCAUGCCCAGCCAGCUGUUAUCAAUUGAUAAGGAACUAUGGCAAAUGGCUGAAGAGAGGGCACAAGAGAUACUAUGGACAAUUCAACCAAAUGUACUAUCUGAGGUGAACAGGAAGGAUGUUAUUGAUUAUGUUCAAAGGCUGAUUAGAGGUUACUAUGGAGCAGAGGUCUUGCCAUUUGGUUCUGUUCCACUAAAAACCUAUCUUCCUGAUGGAGAUAUUGACUUGACAGCUCUCAGUCAUGAAGAUGCAGAGGAGGAUUUGGCACAAGCAGUAUGCUAUGUACUUCAAAGUGGAGAUGACCCUGAGUACCAAGUAAAAGACAUAAAAUAUAUUCGUGCACAGGUCCGGCUUGUGAAAUGUACAGUGAAAAACAUAGCAGUUGACAUCUCUUUCAAUCAGAUGGCUGGAAUAUGUACUCUACGCUUUUUGGAGCAGGUCGACCAACUUGUUGGAAAGAACCAUAUUUUCAAACGUAGUAUUAUCUUAAUCAAAGCUUGGUGCUAUUAUGAGAGUCGACUUCUUGGUGGACACCAUGGCUUGUUAUCAACAUAUGCGGUAGAAAUAUUAGUCUUGUAUAUUAUCAAUCGUUUUCAUUCAUCAGUGCGUGGUCCUCUAGAGGUCUUAUACAUAUUUUUGGACUACUAUGGCUCAUUUGAUUGGGACCAUAAUUAUGUUAGUAUAUGGGGUCCAAAACCCUUAUCAUCUUUUCCAGAAAUUGCAGCUCCUUUGCUUGUCACAGAGACACUGGAAUGUGAUCAUGGUGAAUUCUUGCUCCAGAAAGAGUUUCUCAGAAAUUAUAGGAAUAUGUGCUCUUUUCCAUCAAGGGCAACCAAGACUAUGACCCAUGAAUUUCCCGUUAAGUUCAUGAACAUCUUGGAUCCUCUAAGAAAUGACAACAACCUAGGCCGUAGUGUAAACAUAGCCAGCUUACAUCGAUUCAGAUUUGCUCUUUCCUACGGCGCUCGAAGGCUUAAGCAGAUCCUCACACUUCCAGGAGAAACCAUGGGUGCAGCCCUAGAGAAGUUUUUCUUCAGCACUUUGGACAGGAAUGGGAAAGGAGAAAGGGCGGAUGUUGAUGUACCGGUUUCUCCGUUUGGUAUUGGAAGAUCUAUAGAGUCUGUCCUCUGUGGAGAUUGUGAAAGUUACUUUGGUGGCUUACAAUAUGUUCAGUUGUAUCGUAAUUAUGCCUUGCCAGUAACUGUACAUUCCAGUUCUCCAUCGUCACCUUCUCAGGAUGAUAUCCUUGCGUCAUCAACGCACCAAAACUGGAGUAUGUUUUACCAAGGUGGUACUGAUGUAUAUAUCCCGGCACAGACACUCUAUCAUCCAACUUACAGCCUUGAAGGAAGAGGGAAAUCACGAGGAACUGGCACAUACAUACCUGACUUGAAUUAUAAUUCCUACUGGGAUAUGCGCACAAAGCCAUCCAGGCCAAGGAGAUUUGCUUCUUCAAAGUACAAUGCAUUGCCCAAAUCACCUCCGAAAAAGCUACAAGCAGAAGAGGUUCAUUCUGAGACAGACAUAAAUGCUAUUUCAGAUUCAAGGCUGUUUGAGUUAUCAAGUGAAGAUUUCCCCCUUCUUCCAUGCAAUUGCAAGGAUAUACCGCCAACACAGGCCCAAGAUUCUACUCCAUUAGCUAAGUUUCAUUCUGAGACAGAUAUGGAUGUUACUUCGCAGUUGUUUGAGUUCUCAAAUGAAGAUUUCCCCCUUCUUCCAAAGAUUUGUUCUGAGACACACAUGGAGGGUAGUUCGAGGUCGUUUGAGCUCUCAAAGAAAGAUUUCCCCCUUCUUCAAAGCAUUUGCAAGACUGUCCUGUCAGAGUCUGCUAAGUUAACUAAGCAAGCCAAGAGUUUCCCAUCCUCUAAAGAGUCUAAACUGAAAAAUACUGAGUUUGGAUCUUUCAGAAAUCACAAUAACUGACAGAACCAAGUUUGUCUUCAAAGGGUGAGAAAGAUUAUUCUGGUGUUCCAUUAUCUCAAGAAACUGUGUUGGUAGUUCCAAAGGUUGCAACAGAGAGGAAAGAGGAAAGAGGAAUCUCCCAAGAGCAAUGAGAAGAAGAUGGAUUGACAGUGUUAGCAUUAGAUAUUUUGUAGAAAUUUGAAGGAUAUACAUCAGCAGAGUUCUAAUGUCUGGCUUUGUUGCUGGUGGUCAUGUUUUGAUCGAAUAACUUAAAAAUAACAGUAAACUUUCCCUUUCUUUUUUUUUUUUUACAAAUGUAAAUUUCGGAGAAAGAGAAACUAGAAUUGAUUGCUAGUGAUAGUCUCAAACUUCAUAGGAACAAACAAUUGGUAGGGGAUGCUAACCAAUUUUGUGCUGCCUUAGUGGGAAUAGUUCACCAUUACUCUACAAACAGAAUGACAUCUCCCUUCUAUCAUCUGGAUGAACUUGUACAUGAUUUCUGUUUUAAGUUACGUCUUCUGAUCA